AGGGAGGUAUCUGCCCAGAAAGCAAGCGCUAAUUGCCGGCAAUCGCCGGCGCAUAAAAUGAAUUAACAUACGUUUAUUAAACGAAGAUAAAAAUCGAAUUCGCUCACUCUUUUGGUCUGCUGAAGUACAUAUGUGAAUUGGCUCUGGUGUGUGUACAUAUAAUGUUGGCGAACUAUAAAAACAUUGGCCGCUCGUCGAAUGGGCUCAUUUCGGCGGUGACGGGCCGCAAGUUUGCACAGUGAAAAAGCAGGAUUUCAUCAUCAUACUAUCGAAAUGAUGGGCGAUCGUAGUUGGAACCUGCUGCAGUACGCCACCGAGAGGGCGCCUCUCCCCUUGGACGGAUAUACCGCCGAAGAGGCGGCCCAGUUCAAGGACAGCAUCCGGCAGAAGAUAGUGGACGACCUGAAGUCCAUGACGGGGGAGGAGCUGAUAGAACUGGUCAAGCGCAACGCCGCCAGGGAGGCGGAGCAGGCGGAAGCUCCUGUCGAAGAACCCCUCUCGGGCACCGAAGAGGGCAAGGAACGGAUUCAGGAUGAUGCGGAUCUCAUCGAUGCCGGCAUCAUAGCCGAAAUGGUCGCCGGACUCUGCACCAAAAGCCAGAAGGAGACGUUCGUCAAGGUGAUAACGAAGUAUAUCAGCAGUCAGCGACGCCACUAUUCGAUGCGGCCCCAUCGGGAGCAGGAGCAGCGGAACGCGGAGGAUGUGCUGUUCGACAUGUUCGCCAGCGAGGAGACGGGCCUCAUCUCGAUGGGCAAGUUCCUGGCCGGGCUGAAGACCACUGGCAUCCGCAGGAACGACCCCAGAGUGCGGGAACUGAUGGACAACUUGAAGAAAGUGCACAAGCUGAAUAACUACGAGACGGGCUCUUCGGCGGAGACUCAGCACCUCAAUCGGGAGACCUUCAAGGCAGUGGUGGCCCCCAAUAUCGUUCUGAUCGCCAAGGCCUUCCGGCAGCAGUUCGUGAUCCCCGACUUUACAAGCUUCGUCAAGGACAUCGAGGACAUCUACAACCGCUGCAAGACCAACACUCUGGGCAAGCUGGCCGACUACAUUCCGCAGCUGGCUCGCUACAAUCCCGACUCCUGGGGCCUAAGCAUUUGCACCAUUGAUGGCCAGCGAUUCUCCAUCGGCGACGUGGAGGUGCCCUUCACCCUCCAAAGUUGCAGCAAGCCACUCACCUAUGCCAUUGCCCUGGAGAAGUUGGGGCCCAAGGUGGUGCACUCGUACGUGGGCCAGGAGCCCAGUGGCAGGAACUUCAACGAACUCGUCCUGGAUCAAAACAAGAAACCGCACAAUCCGAUGAUCAAUGCCGGGGCCAUCCUCACCUGUUCCCUGAUGAACGCCCUGGUCAAGCCCGACAUGACCUCUGCGGAGAUCUUCGACUACACCAUGUCCUGGUUCAAGCGGCUAUCCGGCGGGGAGUACAUCGGCUUCAACAACGCCGUGUUCCUUUCCGAGCGAGAGGCAGCCGACCGGAACUACGCCCUGGGCUUCUACAUGCGCGAGAACAAGUGCUUCCCCAAGCGCACCAACCUGAAGGAGGUGAUGGACUUCUACUUCCAGUGCUGCUCCAUGGAGACGAACUGCGAGGCCAUGUCCGUGAUCGCCGCCAGUCUGGCCAACGGAGGCAUCUGUCCCACCACCGAGGAGAAGGUGUUCCGGCCGGAAGUAAUCCGGGAUGUGCUCUCGAUCAUGCACUCCUGCGGCACGUACGACUACUCCGGUCAGUUCGCCUUCAAGGUGGGUCUGCCGGCCAAGUCCGGAGUGAGCGGCGGCAUGAUGCUGGUCAUCCCCAACGUGAUGGGCAUCUUUGCCUGGUCCCCGCCCCUAGACCACCUGGGCAACACUGUGCGGGGACUGCAGUUCUGUGAGGAGCUGGUCUCAAUGUUCAACUUUCAUCGCUAUGACAACCUGAAGCAUCUGUCCAACAAGAAGGAUCCGCGAAAGCACCGCUACGAGACCAAGGGCCUGUCCAUCGUGAACCUGCUCUUUUCAGCUGCCAGCGGAGAUGUGACGGCCCUGCGUCGCCAUCGUCUCUCCGGAAUGGACAUUACCCUGGCGGACUACGACGGUCGUACCGCCCUGCAUCUGGCUGCCUCCGAGGGCCACCUGGAGUGCGUCAAGUUCCUGUUGGAGCAGUGCCACGUUCCCCACAACCCUAAGGACCGUUGGGGCAACCUGCCCGUGGAUGAAGCCGAGAACUUCGGGCACAGCCACGUGGUGGAGUUCCUGCGCUCCUGGGCGGAGAAGGUCGAUCAGUCCAACGAGGAGUGCCAGACCGAGGCGGUUACCACCAAGACUCAAGCCGAUGAGGAAAUCUGCAGCACGAGCGACCUAGAGACCAGUCCGGCCACCAGUCCCAUUCCCACGCCCGUGGAAUCCGGAUCCAGGGCGGGAUCAGGGCGCUCCAGUCCGGUGCCAUCGGAUGCGGGGAGCACGGCGAGCGCAGGAAGCGCCAGCAGCAUCGAUGACAAAACCAAGCCGGGCCUAUAGGCGCCCGGAGACCGAGGAUCCCCGCAGAAUCUCUCCGACUAAAUUAUUCGCACAACCUAUUAGUUUAUAUAUGACGUAUUAGAUUAAAGUUAAGAGUACCCAAAUCGCGCUGGUCGGUUAGUCCUAUAUCAUUUGAAGUAGUCAUCCCACGAGCAAGUCGAGGUCCUUCGAGCAGGACCCGCUGCACGAGCGGCAUUUGUACUUGUACUUAGUAGUGCUUAGUUAGCCUCAAUAUUCCAGGGUAUCCUACGAAACAAUGACAAUAACUUAACGAAUAUCUACUAACCCACAAUUCGGGUCUGUGACCCGCCUAAAUGUAUUGCAUUCACACUUGUCAAUUGAUAUUUGUUCGCGUUUGUAAGUGUAUUAAUAAUCCUGUUCCAAAAGGUCGAGCUAUGUGGAAACACACUUGACUGGUGUUUAAUAUAUACCUAGUUAGCUGAAACACACAAAAUAUAUGGCAUAUCUUUA